AUGCAGUUAAAAUCAUUGGUAUCUGCACGCGGCGGCUGGCUUUUCUCUCGCGACUACAGUCUAUAGGGAAAUCUAAUAUAAUACGCUGCAUGCCCAUGCCCGCAUCCGAACCGAUCGAAUAUUGCGAACAUAUUAUGACAAACGAAUUCCGGUGCACACAGCCGAAUAUAAACAACCAACCGAUCAUCGAUUUACGGGGCUAGAGCAUGUCCAAAAACCCUGUGCAAAUAAAUAGAAACGAAUUUUUGAGCUGCCUGCAGUAAUAAGUUAUGCAAUACACAUCCACAUCCCCAUCCACAGAAGUGCAUAAAUUUUUUUAGAGUGUGAAGUGAAUCGAGUGAUAACCAGUCAAUCAGAUCCAAAACCAUGGAUAACGUUCCAGACAUUGUAUUCGUGAGCCGGGACUAUCAGGCUCAAACGUUGGCCGCUGACGAGAUCAGUGUUUCCCGUGGAGACCUCGUCGAACUAUUGAGUACAAAAGCCGCUGAAAAAUCAAGAUGCUUUGUGAGAAUGUUCGAUAGUGGCGAUGCCCCCAAGGAAGGUUGGGUACCAAUUGAAAUACUAGAAUUUAAUCCAAACAUGAAAAACUCGAAUGGUAAAGAAAACGGCGAUGCGGAGUUUAAAAAGCAGACUAUCCUAAGGGAGCUGGUAGAAACCGAGGAAGAAUUUUCCAGAGAUCUGCUCCACGUAGUGGAAAAAUACAUUAAAGGCAUUGAUAAACCGGUAGUCCCCAGAUCAGUGAGAGACAACAAGGAUGUCAUAUUCUGCAACUUUCUGCACAUUGCGGAAUUUCAUAAUAAUGUACUCAAGGAAGGACUUAAGUGCUACAGUAAUCAGCCGAAUAUGGUGGCCAAAACCUUUCUUCGCCUGGAGAGGGACUUUGACAAGCAUGUGGAGUACUGCCAGAACGAGCCAUUGGCCCAGGAGUACCUGAGCUCCGACCCUGAAGCAAGCAAAUACUUUCAAGAACUUUCAAAACAACUUGGGGACGAUAAAUCUCUUUCGGAACAUCUUAAGCUCCCCAUCCAACGGAUAAACGACUAUCAACUUCUGUUCAAGGACUUCAUUAAAUACUCACAAAGCUUGAAAGAGAAUGUUAAAGAUUUGGAGCGGGCCCUAGAGUUAAUGCUUAGUGUGCCGGGUAGAGCAUAUGACAACAGAUUUCUUUCUAGCAUCGAGGGCUGUCGCGGCAACAUCUACAAAUUGGGGCGCCUGUUGCUGCAUGAGUGGUGCACUUUGAUUGAUAAGGACGGCAAGGCUCACGAGCGCUACUGCUUUCUGUUCAAGUCAAGAAUAUUAGUAACCAAGGUGCGCAAAAUAUCAGAGAGCAGAUCCGUAUUUAUUUUGCAAAACAUCGUCAAGCUUCCUCUCUGUAAUGUCGAGCACAAAGCCGACGAGAAGCAGAUUCUUAUAAGCCUGAAAGCCCCGGACGCAAACUCAAUCUUUCCGAUUAACAUUAGGCCCCACGGCGAAGAGGCUCCCCUGACUUGGUUCAAAGAGAUUUCCUCGUACGUCAACCAAGACGUUACACUGCAAGAGCACAACGCAGAUGAUCUGAAAGUAGACUCCUCCCAAGUAGUUGCCGAAAGUGAGCUGCUCCUGCACCUGCCUCAACGCGCAGAGGCGCAUGAUCCAAGUUCCAGUAUUCGUCCCUCCGAUGUUGCUGAGAACUACUUCCUGAGCAAGGAGACCAAAGAGCGGCUGCAGCUCGAGCAGCAGGAACUGCUGAAGCUUGAGCAGGAGUCCAUCGAGCUGUACAAGAAACAGCACGACCGGCAAUAUUCUUCAAAGACAACUGCUGAAAAGCAUACCAAGGUCGAGUCCAAGGCAGUUCAAAUUUCUAGCUCGCAGUCGUACUCUACUUCGGAAGUUCAUACCAAGACUGGAGCCAUCAGAGAAGAGUCCAUUUCUAGGGCCGCAGAGACUACUCCACCGGCUCCGCCAGUCAAAAAGGUUGCACCGUCACCGCAGCCCAAACCGGAGACAGUCUUAGCUCCAGAAUCGGCUUCACAUUCCAAGGAAGUCGAAACAUCGCCACAAGUCGAACCAGUGAUCGAGCCUGUGGCUGUCACCAGUUCAAUUGCAAGGCAAGAAAUACACGAGAUCGUAUCUGUAUCUGAGAAAACUGAGUCAACUGCAAUCGAAUCAGUUGUUCUGAAAGACGAAUCUACCACCGAAACCAGUCAGAUUGAUAUAUUAGCUGCAGCAUCCUCCAGAACUCGGGACUACGAUAGAGGUACUUCGUAUGACAGCACUGCAGAGAAGCACUAUGGAGUAAGUUCCAGACGCGAUCGUAGCUCCGUUGACAAGGUUGAGGCACGCUCAUCCCUCCUGGCCACAGGCCGCACAGAGAGCCGCGCCGAGAGCCGAGCUGAGAGCCGGGCUUCCUAUUCAGUAGCCGAAUCGCGAUCUGGCAUCCGGUCUGCUUCCCGUCAACUAGAGGAUCGACCACUACGCUCUGUCGACAAGCCUGUUGUCGUAAAGAUGCUAAAGAGCGUCCAGGUGGACAUUGGAGAGACCGCGCAUUUUGAAAUCCAGUUCAAGGACCAGCCCGGACUGGUGACCUGGCUAAAGGAUAACAAGCCCCUGGAAGAUCGUUUGGCUGAUCGAGUUAUUCAGACUAGUGCUCCAAUGAAUUCGUACCGGUUGGACAUCAAGAACUGCAGUGAGAGCGAUGCGGGAACCUACACCAUUCGCGCUCAAUCCGCGUCCGAAACGACCACUUUAUCGGCGCAACUGGCUGUGGGCCAAGCACCUGGCCAUGAUGAGACUAAAACCAAUGUGGCGCCAGCAUUUCUGGUUAGCUUAAAGGAUGCUGAAAUGAUUGAGAACACUCUAUUCCGCUUCAUGAUCAAAAUCAAAGGCGAUCCCAAGCCCAGGGUUAAGUUCUACAAGGAUCAGGUGGAAAUCCUGGAAGUCAACGAUCGCAUUCAAAUAAUCAGAGACAAGGACUAUUUGGGAUUCUAUGAGCUGGUCAUUGCCGACGUCCAGAAAACUGACAGUGGAACCUACACUUGCAAGGCUUCGAAUAAGUAUGGCGAUGCUAGCUGUGAAGCUGUAGCAACCACAGUGGAGGACAGGAAUCCGUUCGGUGCGCUCAGUGGACAAAUUCUGCCAGCCGGGGAGAGGCCCGUGUUCGCUUGGAAGCGAAACGGAGAGGAGUUCGAUCCCGAGGAACGGUUCAAAGUACUCUUCGGCGAGGACGAGGACUCGCUGGCUCUGGUCUUCCAGCACGUAAAGCCUGAGGAUGCCGGCAUCUACACCUGUGUGGCUCAAACAUCAACUGGAAAUAUCUCCUGCAGCGCCGAGCUGUCGGUUCAGGGCGCUAUUCAGACCCUGAACAGGGAGCCUGAGAAGCCCACACUAGUGAUCGAGUACCGCGAGGCCAACACGAGCAUCGGUGGAACGGCCAUCCUGGAACUGCAGUGCAAGGGCUUCCCCAAGCCAGCCGUGCUCUUCAAGCACGAGGGCGAGGUCGUCGAGGUGGAUGACCGCCAUAAGUUCAUGUACGAGGACGAGGAGAGCAUGUCGCUCAUUAUAAAGAACAUCAACACCGCUGAUGCCGGAGAGUACACUAUUGAGGCUGUGAAUGAACUGGGCCAUGAUGAGUCGACGAUUAAUCUAGUCGUAAAAGCUCCACCGAAGAUAAAGAAGAUUAAGGACAUUACUUGUUCGGCUGGAGAGACAAUCAAAAUGGAAAUCGAAGUGGAAGGCUUCCCUCAGCCCGCCGUGAUUGUGACUAACAAUGCGAAGGAUGUGAGCAGUGAGAAAAACGUGAAGAUCACAUCGAGCUCCGUUGGAAAGAGCGUGGAGAAGGUUGUUGUCGAAAUUUCGGACAUAAAGCUAGCCCAAGCGGGCAACUACUCGAUUAGGGCCACCAACGACAUCAGCCAGACGUCCGAGUACUGGAGUUGCACCGUCAAAUCCAAGCCAGUGAUAGUCAAGACCUUCGAGAGCGAGUACAUCCACGGGGAAAAGGAGAACGUGCAGAUGACAGUCCGGAUAGAUGCCUACCCCGAAGCCAAGCUUAUCUGGUACCACGAUGAAACCGAGAUCAAGCUAACAGACUCGAAGUACAGCGUGAGCACCGAUGGCAACGCCUACACUCUGAAGAUAACUGGCGCCACCCGCGUGGAUGCUGGCAAAUAUACGGUGAAGGCCACAAAUGAGCACGGGUCGGCGACCAGCUCCACCCAGCUGCUGAUCAAGUGCUCCCCGGAAUUCACCAAGAAGAUGAAAAACAUUACCGUAGCGGAAGGCGACUCUAAUGUGGAGCUUGUUGUGGGUGUCGAUGCUUAUCCCCGUCCACACGUCAAGUGGUACAUUGACGGCAUCGAGAUCGACGAGAAGAGGAACGAGUUCCGUCAUGUGGAGGAGGGCAACGACUUCAAAUUGGUUUUGAAUAAGGCGGCAACCAAUAUGCAAGGAACAUACUGCUGCAAAAUAAUGAACGACUACGGAAAACUGGAAGACAAUUGCGUUGUGACCGUCAACUGCAAGCCGAAGGUGAAGCGGGGUCUUAAGAACAUUGAAGUACAGGAAGGAAAAUCCUUUACAUUAGAGGUCGAAGUGUACAGCGAGCCAGAGGCGAAUAUUAAAUGGUUCAAAGACGGCCAUGAAAUCUAUGAAGAUGCACGCAUUAAGAUUUCCCGCGAUUCGCAGCGCAUUGAAAACUAUUACCUUACUCUGAAUCUGGCUAAAACUGAAGACUCGGGUACUUACGAGGUCAAGGCAGCAAACUUUAUUGGCGAGACGACAUCCACCUGCAAGGUCGUUGUUUUAACAAGCGACACUAUGUCUCUGGAACAAACAGUGACUAAAACUAUGAUUGCGACGACUGAACAGCCUGAAGAAGGGGCUGUUCCUGAGAUCCUCCACGUGGACGUCUUCCAGACGCACAGUUUCGAGAGUGUUCCACUCAAAUAUGAGGUCAUCGCCACGGGCAUACCCAAGCCGGAAGCGAUAUGGUAUCACGAUGGGAAACCGAUUACAUCGGAUAAGCAUACGGCGAUUACGGUGGAUGGGGAUCAUUAUAAGCUGGAGGUGCAGUCCCUAGAUCUUGUCGAUGCUGGAGAGUACAAGGUGGUUGUGCAAAACAAAUGUGGCGAGAAGUCGCAUCAAGGAGAUCUGUCUCUCUCAGGUGUGGCUGAAUAUCGCAAGCCGAUACUUACCCAGGGAUCGGGCCUAAAGGACAUAAAGGUGAACAAGGGAGAUAAGGUUUCUGAGCCGGUCAUAUUCACAGCCGAUCCCGCACCCGAAAUCGUGUGGCUCAAGGACGGCCAGCCAGUGAAGGAGAGCAAUAACCUCAAGCUAAAGCUGGAAAAGAAAGAACUUGAGCAUGGUCUGCAGCAAUAUACUUGCACGCUGAAUAUUUUGGAAGCUGAUAUAAAAGACUCUGGACGAUAUGAGUUGAAGGUAAAGAACAAGUACGGAGAGCUGGCCACAAGCGGAUGGAUCGAUGUUCUGGCCAAGCCAGAGAUUUCCGGAUUGGAAGACCGCAAGUGCAUGCCCGGCGACACAAUCUGCUUCGAGGCCGUGGUGCUCGCCAACCCGAAGCCGAAGGUAUCCUGGACCAGGGGGAAUGAGAACCUUUGCAACAACGAGAACUGUGAGGUGAUCGCCGACGUGGAUGCCGAUAAGUACCGACUCGUCUUCCAGGCGGUGACCCCAAGUGAAUCAUCGAAAUACACCAUUACGGCGGUCAACAGCGAGGGAAGGUCCAGUGUUGAAUUCAACUUGUCUGUGCUUGUGGAGAAGCCCACAUUCAUUGUCCAGCCUGAGAGCCAGAGCAUUCACGAUUACAGGCCUGUUUCCACUAAGGUUUUGGUGCACGGUGUCCCCCUGCCAACCAUUGAGUGGUUAAAGGACGACAAGCCGAUUAAUUACGAAGCCAUUAACAAGCCCCUUAAGGACAAGCUCUACAAAAAAGAGGACACCAAGAAAGGAUCCGAUCAAAUCGAAGGUGUAUUCGAUAUAAAAACAUUCAGGGAAAACGAUGUUGGAACGUAUACCUGUGUGGCCACCAAUGAAAUCGGAGUGACAAAAGCACCCUUCAAGCUGGCUCUGCUCUCCCUGGCACCAAGCUUUGUCAAGAAGUUGGACAAUGCCCUGGACGUGCUACAGGGAGAACCCCUAGUGCUGGAGUGCACCGUGGAUGGCAGUCCUCUGCCCACUGUCCAAUGGCUAAAGGACGGCGAAGAAGUGAAGCCCAGCGAAAGUGUGAAGAUUUCCACUAGCCCAGAGGGUUUGGUCAAAUUGGAGAUUAACCACUGCGAGCCCAACGAUUCUGGGGCCUACAAAUUAAUCAUAUCCAAUCCGCAUGGACAGAAGGUGGCCCUGUGUGCGGUGGCUGUUAAACCUGAGGAGGUGCAGCCGAGGUUUACUAAACCAAUUGCCAACCAAACUGUUGUCGUGGGUGAACCCCUGAAGCUGGAGGCUGAAGUGUACGGUUUCCCAGCUCCUGAGGUUAAAUGGUACAAGGACGGCAUGUUGCUUCGUCCUAGUCCGGAGAUUAACUUUAUCAACAAUCCCAAUGGAAAAAUUGGACUGAUCAUUGAUGCCGCACAACCGCAAGAUGCCGGAGUCUAUAAAUGUCUGAUAAUCAACAAGGGCGGAGAGAUGGAGGGCGUUUCCAAGGUGGAAAUCGUGCCCAAGGAGUCCAAGCCUGCAUUUGUGGCCGAGCUUCAGGACUCAUCGAGCAUCGAAGGUUUCCCUGUCAAAAUGGACAUCAAGGUGAUUGGAAACCCAAAACCAAAACUGAAAUGGUUCCACAACGGCCACGAAAUCCUGCCAGACCCCAAGCACAUUGCGAUUGUGGAGAAUCCAGACAACAGCACGAGCCUAAUCAUAGAGAAAACCGUUCCCGGCGACUCUGGACUAUACGAGGUGAUAGCUCAAAACUGUGAGGGCUCCACUGCGUCCAAGGCCAAGCUCUAUGUGGCUCCAAAAGCCGACGAAACGGCCACUGAAGAAGCACCCCAGUUUGUUUCGGCUCUCCGGGAUGUCAAUGCCGACGAGGGUCAAGAGCUGGUUCUAUCUGCGCCGUUCAUUGCAAACCCAAUGCCCGAGGUGAUCUGGACCAAGGAUGGAGUCACGCUCACUCCCAGCGAGCGUCUGCUGAUGACCUGCGAUGGCAAACACAUCGGACUGAGCAUAAAGCCAGCCGAGGCUGCCGAUUCGGGCAACUACACGUGCCUGCUGGCCAAUCCCUUGGGCGAGGACUUAUCCGCCUGCAACGCGAAUGUCAGGAAAGUGUACAAGCCGCCAGUGUUCACCCAAAAGAUCUCCGAUCAACAGCAGGUGUUUGGCAAUAACGCCAAGAUCCCGGUGACUGUAUCCGGAGUUCCCUAUCCAGAUCUGGUGUGGUACUUCCAGGACAAGCCCAUUCCCAAGUCGGACAAGUAUAGCAUCAAGAACGAUGGCGAUCAUCACAUGCUAAUUGUCAACAACUGCGAAAAGGGUGACCAAGGCGUCUACAAAUGCAUCGCCAGCAACAGGGAGGGCAAAGACAUAACCCAAGGACGUCUGGAUAUUGUCAAUGAAAUCAAGAAGCAUUCGCGUUCAGAGCCCCCAGUAUUUCUCAAGAAGAUUGGUGACUGCGACAUCUACGAGGGCAUGAUAGCCAAGUUCACAGCCUGUGCCACGGGAUAUCCAGAGCCAGAGGUCGAGUGGUUUAAAAACGAUCAGAGGCUCUUCCCUUCAGAUAGGUUCCUGAUUGACGUCGAGCCGAAUGGCCUCCUGCGGCUGACAAUAAAAAAUGUCACCGAGUCCGAUGUGGGACGUUAUUCUUGCCGCAUUUUCAAUCCAUAUGGAGAUGAUAUUUGCCACGCGGAACUGUUCUACGACUCCUUGGAUAGCCAGCAGAAGCCACUGGAAGAUCAAUACACCGAUUUCAAGAAGUACAAGAAGUCCGGAGCUCCUCCACCAUUGUCGGAAGGUCCAAUUAUAUCUCGUAUGACAGACCGGGGAUUGCUCCUGUCGUGGAACCCAUCGGUCCCUCUGACGCCACGUUAUCCCAUCACAUAUCAAAUUGAAAUGAUGGACCUACCUGAAGGAGACUGGCGUACCCUUCGAACUGGAGUACGCAGCUGUGCCUGUGACAUCCGUAAUCUGGAGCCAUUUAGAGACUAUAGAUUUAGGAUACGAGUGGAAAAUAAGUUCGGCGUGAGCGAUCCUAGUCCUUACACUCAAACCUACAGGCAAAAACUGGUGCCAGAGCCACCAAAAACGUACACCUACCUGCCACCAGGCACGGACUUCAGACCGGAGACUUCGCCCUACUUCCCCAAGGACUUUGAUAUUGAAAGGCCGCCACAUGACGGAUUAGCCCAGUCUCCUCAAUUCCUGCUUCGCGAGAACGACAUUAGUUACGGAGUGAAAGGCCACAACACGGAGCUUAUGUGGUUCGUUUAUGGUUAUCCGAAACCAAAGAUGACCUACUACUUCGAUGACAUGAUUAUCGAGUCGGGUGGCAGAUUCGAUCAGAGCUACACACGAAAUGGACAGGCCACGCUUUUCAUAAACAAUAUGCUGGACCGCGAUGUGGGCUGGUAUGAGGCGGUCGCCACGAACGAGCACGGUGAGGCUAGACAGCGAGUGAGAUUGGAAAUUGCCGAGCAUCCACGGUUCUUGAAGCGGCCGGAUGAAACCUUCAUAAUGUCCCGCAAAAACGGAAGAAUCGAGGCCAAACUGGUGGGCAUUCCCUUGCCAGAGGUUCAUUGGUAUAAGGACUGGAAGCCAAUUGCAGAAUCAUCUCGCAUCAAGAUUAGCUCCUAUGACCCCGACAUCUACGUUCUGUCUAUACACGAUUCGAUCAUCAAGGAUGGCGGACUAUAUUCGAUUAGUGCCAGGAACAUUGCUGGCUCCAUUAGCACCUCGGUAACCGUGCACAUUGAGGAGAACGAGGAUCAGUACAUCUACAAGACGUACGGCAGACAUCCGUAUGUGCGAUCCAAGCAGCUGCGCUACCAGGACAAGUACGAUAUUGGCGAUGAGCUUGGACGCGGCACUCAGGGCAUUACUUACCAUGCUGUCGAGCGUGCUACCGGUGAUAACUAUGCUGCAAAAAUCAUGUACGGUAGGCCAGAGCUGCGGCCCUUCAUGCUGAACGAGCUGGAGAUGAUGAACACGUUCAAUCACAAGCACUUGAUUCGUCCCUACGAUGCCUAUGACACUGACCGCAGCGUGACUCUUAUUAUGGAACUGGCGGCGGGAGGCGAGCUGGUCAAGGACAAUUUACUCAGACGCGAUUACUACACAGAGCGAGAUAUAGCCAACUAUGUCAGACAAACCCUUUGGGGUCUCGAGCAUAUGCAUGAAAUGGGAGUGGGCCACAUGGGUCUCACGAUCAAGGAUCUGCUCAUUUCGGUGGUCGGCAGUGAUUACAUUAAGGUAUCGGACUUUGGUUUGUCGAGGAAAAUCAACAAGCACAAUCUAUCGACACUGGAUUAUGGCAUGCCAGAGUUUGUUUCGCCCGAAGUUGUUAAUAAGGAAGGCGUGAACUACUCCCACGAUAUGUGGACCGUGGGCUUGAUCACCUACGUACUGCUUAGUGGCCAUAAUCCGUUCCUGGGCAUAGAUGAUAGGGAGACAUUGACUAAGAUUCGAGAAGGGCGCUGGGACUUUAAGGACGAGCUGUGGACUCACAUCUCUGAUGAUGGCCGUGACUUUAUCAGCCGUCUGCUCCUCUACAGCCCAGAGGAGCGAAUGGAUGUGAAGACAGCUCUGAAGCAUCCAUGGUUCUUUAUGCUCGAUCGCCAGGCCUCCGACCAUGACUAUCAAAUCCGAACCGAUCGUUUGAGGAACUACUACGAUCACUUCAGGGACUGGUAUGCCAAUGCAUCUUGCAAGAACUACUUCCGCAGACGUCGUCUGAGUGGCUGCUUCCAACAUCCAUCGAAAAUGGUAUAUCCCCCCGGUCACGUUUAUACCCCGGAGGCGACACCAGAGCCUUUGCCAGAGCCACGCAAGAGAGCGAAGCGCGAGGAAGUUGUUUCGAAAUACUUGCAUCCCGACUACGAGCUAGGUCUAAUUCAAUCGGAAAGCCAUUACCAGUAUGGUCCCGAUACAUAUUUACUGCAACUGCGGGAUGUAAACUUCCCCGUAAGAUUGCGUGAAUACAUGAAGGUGGCCCAUAGGCGAUCGCCAUCGUUUGCAUUAAACGAUUCUGUGGAUUGGACGCUGCCUGUGAUCCGCGAACGACGUCGGUUCACUGAUAUUAUGGAUGAGGAAAUCGACGACGAACGCACGCGCAGUCGCAUCAGCAUGUAUGCGGCCAAUGAUUCCUACUCCAUCAGGCGCCUGCGAACGGAGCUGGGCCCACGUCUGGAUGAGUACACUGAAGCCGAGGCCAUGAUAGAGACCCAGCGCGAGGGCUAUCCACCCUUCUUCCGGGAGAAGCCGCAGACGAUUGCAAUAACCGAGAACCAACCCAGUCAUAUCCAUUGCUUUGCAGUCGGCGAUCCCAAGCCGUGCGUCCAGUGGUUUAAGAACGACAUGGUUCUGUCUGAGAGCAAGCGCAUCAAAAUCUCAGUCGAUGAGGAUGGUCGCUCCAUUCUGCGAUUUGAGCCAGCCACCCACUUCGAUGUUGGUGUCUACAAGGUGGUGGCUAGGAACAAGGUGGGCCAAACUGUGGCCAGAUGCCGCAUCGUGGUGGCCACUCUCCCAGAUGCACCAGACUCACCCGAAAUCUCUGCCAACAGUGGCUCGGAGAUUCUCCUCAGAUGGAAACAGCCCCGUGACGAUGGCCACUCUACGGUCCUCUGCUACAGUCUGCAGUACAAGCUCAGCAACUGCGAUGCCUGGACCACGGUGGCCGACAAUAUCGAUCAUGAAUUCUACCUACUGCACGAUUUGAAGCCAAACACAAGCUACCAGUUUAGGCUGGCCUCUAAAAAUCGCAUUGGCUGGAGUGAAAUGGGAAUCCCUGUGGCCGCAACCACCGUGGGCCAGGACGCCCCCAAGAUCCACAUCACCAAGGCAAUGAAGCAUUUACAACAGCUCACCGAGAAUGGUCAUCAGGUGAUACCCGAAGAAGAGCGCGUCCACACCGACUAUCACUGCGAGCGAGAGCCCCCCAAUUGGGUGACCGAUUCGUCCGUGAGCGACAAGUACAGUUUCAUCUCGGAGAUAGCACGCGGGGAGUUCAGCACCAUCGUGAAAGGAAUUCAAAAGUCCACCGACACAGUGGUGGUGGCCAAGAUUCUCGAAGUGACCGAUGAAAACGAGGACUCGGUUGUGGCCGAGUUUGACAACUUCAAGACGUUGCGGCAUGAACGCAUACCCGCACUCUUCAGUGCCUACAAGCCAUUGAACGUGCCCAUAGCCAUAUUCGUGAUGGAGAAGCUCCAGGGAGCCGACGUCCUCACCUACUUCAGCAGCCGUCACGAGUACUCCGAGCAAAUGGUGGCCAGCGUUGUCACCCAGCUGCUGGACGCCCUUCAAUACCUGCACUGGCGUGGAUAUUGCCAUCUCAAUAUACAGCCCGACAACGUGGUAAUGGCCUCGGUUCGCUCGAUUCAAGUCAAAUUGGUGGACUUCGGUUCGGCCAAGAAGGUGAACAAGUUGGGCGUCAAGGUUACACCAUGCGGCUCGCUGGACUUCCAGCCGCCAGAGAUGAUCAACGACGAGCCAAUAUUCCCUCAGAGUGACAUUUGGUCUGUUGGUGCACUGACAUACUUGCUCUUAUCCGGAUGCAGCCCAUUCCGCGGGAACGACGAAUACGAAACGAAGCAGAAUAUUUCUUUUGUGCGAUAUAGAUUCGAAAAUCUGUUCAGGGAAGUUACCCCAGAGGCAACACGAUUUAUUAUGCUCUUGUUUAAGCGUCAUCCUACCAAACGGCCAUACACAGAAGAUUGCCUGGAGCAUAGAUGGCUCAUGUCCUCUGAUUAUAUGGUUAGAAAACGAGAGCGCGCUAUAUUCUUGGGUAAUCGUCUGAAGUCCUUCUGCGAUGAAUACCAUGACCACAAAAACGCCACAGCUACAUCAUCCAAAGUCCUCAAUACGGUAUCCGGUGGACCUACACCAACUCAACUGCUUCGAUCGAAUAGCAUCCAAGAGGAACUGCUCACAACAUUUUAGUCAAUUAGUUCCGACGUACGCAUAAGCGAAUGUUGUUUUUUUUUUUCUUGUAUAUAUGGAAUAUAAAUAAUUAUA